AUGACGGAUCUCUCGAAAGACGCACCGCAGCAGGACGAAGACUUCUGGCUCGUCCUGCUGCACGAGGUGACGUAUUGGCGAGAGUUGCCGGAGAUCCAGGAGGACCCGGGCUUAUACGCCCUGGCAGACCGGAGCUGGAACCUCUUGUUGGAAGAGGAGCGCACCGAGGAGCGCAAUAUGGUGGAAGUGCGCUCCCUCCUGAAACAGCUCAUUAGCCGGGUAAGGGAGAAGUGGCUCCAGCAGCUCGCCUGUGCCGAUGCGACUCCGCCCCCACCUACCGGUUCCGGACGCCGAAAAAAGAAGAGGCGAAGGGGAAAGGGAGAAGAAGCCGCCCCGACUAUCUUCCUGGGGGCCUGCUCUCUGCUCCCCGCCUGGGAUGACCCCGCCGCUACCCGCCUGACCAGCCCCCACCCGGAGAAGCCGCCUCCGAUGGAGAAUUAUUUUUAUCGGCCGGAGCGUCUGGGGCACGGCCGCAUUCGUGCCGUGAAAGACUCUAUUCCCCGGGUCUCCAAAGCCCUUAAAGGGGCAGCGCCUUCUCGCCCUGCGCCCAUCCUGGCGCCAGUCCCGGACCUUUUGGGAGGCUUGAGGCUUGGACUUAAACUUACUUUGAAGUUGGAGACUACCGAAUUUGCAGAAAUAGACGAAGCACUGGAGCGAAUUAGGCGAAAGUGUGGUGUGAUUCGUGCGGCGAUAACACGACUACUGACGCGGAUUGAGGAGGAGGUUAGUAAAGACCAACCAGACUGUGAUAAGCUACAAGAGGCACUGUCGGUGCUGUCGGUGAAAGAAGAGAGUUUGAUUGAUUUAGACAAAGGCAUUGAAGAUGAAACUCGGAGGCGGAGAUUGAAGGCACGCUGGAGUAUUGAGAAUGCAUUAUUGUCUGGAAGACUCGUGCAAGCAGACAUAUUCAGAAAGGUCGGGAAGCCGAAAGUGUGCAGGUUGACAUCACUGCCACCGAAGGCCACAUUUUCCCAGUCUCAGGCGACUAGUCUAAAUCGAGAGGACGUGGAUCGGAGAUGGAGAUACAGACAUAAACUUUUAAACCAGUUUUGGACUCGCUGGAGAAAGGACUAUUUGAUGGACUUAAAAUCGGCUCACAAGUGCAAGACUCCAGCACCCGCUUCACUUAGGGUGGGAGAUGUUGUGUUGAUUGGAGAGGACAAUCUGCCCAGGCAAAUUUGGAAAAUGGGUAGAAUAACUGAGCUGUUUCCAGGGAGAGAUGGACUGAUUCGUUCCUGUUUGGUUCGCACUUCAUCAGGCAAUGUAUUAAGAAGACCAGUGCAGUUAAUAUAUCCGCUGGAGAUUGUUUAAAUGCUUGAUGAUUGUAUAAUGUGAUCAUUUGAUUAUGUGAUGUGUAGUGUACCGUAUGGUGAUGAACAACUGUUCAUUGGGGUGGAGGAUGUUGUAGUUAAUAUGGUUUACGUGAGAUAUUAAUUGUUUGCAGACCUUUAUAAGAUGUAUGUUAUGCAAUGUCAUGUGCUGUUAAGGAUCACCAAAGUGUAUUUGUUGGUUUAAUACACUUAAGCUUUAUUUUGAAAUGAGGGGGAAAUGAUGUAAUUUGCCGUAGUGCAUUUUCUCUUUUUUGUUCCCACCCCUCAUGAUGUAAAAGGAAAUGCAUUCAGUCAGUAAAGAAAACGUUCUUCAGAC